AUGCUGACAAGUAAGACGAACGUGUUCAAUACUUUUGAGUCCGUGAGCAGCGCAAGAAAGCGGCUCCGCACGAAGGCACUCCUCUCAAAAAGGGACUUUCCUCCUCAUCGACACACGACGACGAGAUCGACGAACCGGCGAGCAUCGAUUUGCACGAAACGGGCGCCCCGGCCAUCGACGGAAUUGUGUCCGAAUUGGAUGAGACAUUCAGAGAGGUUUGUGGCUCCUUGCGAGCAUGUCUAGACAGAAAAGAGCAUUGGUCAAGUGAGGAGACGAAACAAGACACGAAAAUGAAGAGUCAAGUGGGAAAAGAAUCUAAUGGGGACUUUCGAAUUUGAAUUGAAAUUCCAACCUUGUCCAGUUGCAGCGCUCUUCAAUCCGCCUCGAUUCGGAGCCGCACCCAGUCGACUACAUCACAGGCGUCAAGUUCGCGUUUCUUCUCUUCACAACUGCUCUCGUGAACGCCCAAAUGAACGGAAUCAUUACGAGUGUGCAGAGCUACGCCACUCUUCCCUAUUCUCAGGUUGACUACCUCCCCUUAGGAAAAGACAACCUAUUCUUUCAGUCCACCUACCACUUCGCAGUGACUCUUUCGAACGUCGUCUCGCCGCUCUCCUCGUUUCUUCCGUUCUUUAUCAGCGUUCGGAGGAUCCCGUUGCUCGGCGUGCUCACCGCCUGCUCGACAGUCAUGACCGCCUUCAUCGUCUACCUCGCGUCGCUCUCGCCCAACUUGAUCUUUGAUUCGCAGCCCGUCGGAAGUGCCCUCUCGAUCGGAGGCUCGCUCGUCGCCGCCGGUCUUCAUUCCUACCUUCGUGUCACGGCCAAAUAUCUGCGGCACCUACUGAGUAGGAUUCUAAGUACGUUCAUUGCAAGUUUUACUUUUUUACACUCUGUUACCCUUCCAAUAACUGUACUGAACACUUCGAUUAAUUUUGAAAAAAAAACCGAAAAUGCGUAAACUGCGAAAUAUCGCAAAAAAAUCCAAAAAAAUGUUUAUGUUUUGAUUUUUUUUUUGAUUUUUAAAAAUCGGCAAAUACGUAGUCGAAAACGUUAAGUUAUCAGGAAAUAAAAAAAAUAAAAAAUAAAAAACCUUAACUUGAAAAGUUUUGAUCCUAAGCAGUAAAAAUAGUACUCAGGAAAGUGCCACCAACAAAUUUGUGAUAACUGAAUCUGUACUGAGCAUUUUUGGUGACUUUUUUGCCGAUUUUUUCCACGAUAUUUCACUGUUCACGCGUUCCCAGUUUCUUCUGAAUCAAUUGAAAGAUUCAAAACAGUUGAAAAAAACAUAAGAAUAACAUAAGAGUGGAAAAAGUGAAAAAACGCAUUUGUUGUUGUUGUUGUUGUUGUAUUUGUAUUCUAGUUAUUCCCAAAUCACGUGUCCACCCUGUCAGUUGUUUUUGUUUUACUGGUUCUAUCAAUAAAGCUUUAAUUUUUGCGAAAUUCUAGUUAAAUUCACAAACUGCUAAACAAGGCGCGCUACGACACUCCGCUUCCGCAUUCGAGUCUAACCAGACGAUUUCCGAGUCUGAUCAGGGGGAUUUCCGAGUCUGAUCCGAGAGUUCUCUGCAUCUGGUCUGGCCAGGCCAGGAGGCCGCUUUCUUUCGGAUCAGAUUCGGAAAUCUUCUGGUCAGACAAAGAAUCAUUUACCAGAGGAUGACUUAUUCUUCCGAAUCACUUUCCUCCAGCUUGGCUUCUUUUCGCUUUCAUUUACAUAAUUGUAUUCAAAAUUUUUGAAGGAAAUAUUUCCAAAGUUGGAGACAAUUUUCAGAGAGAAGAAAGUUUUGCGCAGGAAAAUGCGUACAAAAAGCGAAAAUCUUCAACCCUCGGGAGUUACACUUCAAAAAGUUUGCCGUGACGUGAGAAGUGUAGUGCGGCUUUUAGAGAAAUUCUAUUUUUUCUAAGGUAAAACUUCAUUUACAUUAUUGUUUUCUAGCAUGAAAAUUGGGAUCUUUGCGAAUCUCAAAUAUUGUUGCUGCAAAAUGUUCACAUUGCGGUGUCCGUAGUCUUUUUCGAACAUCGGAUCUGUACAACGCUUAUGAUAUUUUCAGACUUUUUUAAAUGGUGGAGCCUAUGUAUUAAUUGAGUUCCAAGAUCGAACUGUCACUGAAGAAGGGCUACUCUUUUGCUUAAAUAUUGGAUGUGUGAAAUAAAAGUAACAGGAUACAAUGUUGAGCCGAGAAUCGAUGAACAAUGGCCGGACGAGAAGGAUGUAGGAAUAGUAGGGAGAGUUGGCGAUGAUAGCAAUCUCAAAUAUUAUAUCAUUAUAGCGAGAAAAUGGAAUGGCCAUCAUUUCUUACCGAUAAACCUUGGGUGAAAAUCAAAGGGAUCAGUAUCAAAAACAUGGUAACAGUCAAAGUGGUCUCUGCUUUUGUUCUGUGAAACGGACGGUUGUUUCUGCUUCUGAAACACAUUGAAUAAAUUAAUAAAGAGUUUAAAAACGUACAAUAACUUUCUACUCCGUAACUUUAGAAGCAUCAUGACAGUGCUUGAAACUACUGAAAUCAUGAUAGCUAUUGAGAAUACCAAAUGGCCAAUUGAAAGAGAUUUCUGGAAAGGAUUUGUAUUAUUAUUACACCGAGUAUCUAGGGUUUCCAAAACUCACAUUUCCGUAGACAUAACCAGUUGAAAUGACGAUUGCUCCCAACUGAUACGGCUCAUUCAACUGCAUACAGACCACCGUGCUCACAGUGUUCGGAAACGCGGCCACCGAACUCAACACGUACGUGGCGGGCGGCCAAAACACGAAAAUCAAUGAGCACAACUGAUAAAGCUAGCAUAUUUUGAAUUCGCCGUCUUGCCACGACAGCUCUGUCUGUCACCUACCUGCUCAUGAUUUCGCGGACUGAACAGUAUGAGCAAGCGUAGGAAGCAGAAAAGAAUGGUGAACAAUUGAGAGGUGUAAUAGGCAAAGUAGAGGCCGGCCACGAGCACGGGUAGUUGCCAGUUGUCAGGCCCCGAAGACGCACAAAAUGACGUGGCAACGGUUGUGGUCGGUAUGCGGACCAGCACGAAAUCCAAAACGGUAAAUAUUGUGUUCCAACAUUGCAUGAAGAGAAACGAUUUGAACACGUGCGGAUGGAGACCGUUCGGAGAGGUGCGGAAGUCGCCGAACAGGUAG